ACUUCUCAACUUCAUCGAAUCGCCUCAUUUCGUGUGGCAGCGUAAAAUUUCAUCAAUCCAUACCAAAAUUUAUCUUCCGAUCGCCAUGGAUUUCCGUACCUUGUCAAGGAAAGAGCUCCAAGCACUCUGCAAGAGGAAUAAGAUUCCGGCCAAUAUCACUAAUGUCGCCAUGGCCGACGCUCUUGCCGCUCUUUCAUCCGUUGAAGGAAUUGAAGAGUUUUUUAACGGUGAAAGAUCUGGAGUACCUGAAUCGCCGAUGAAGCCAGAGGUUAUUUCCUCGGAAAUUCCACGAACUGCACUGAGAACCUCGACAAGGAGAAAGGCCGUCAAAGAUGAGGCAAUUACUACUCGAACACGCCGUGCAGCAGCUGCAAGAGACACAGAGGAAUCAGAAAACAGAGAUCUAAAUGUGGCUUUGACUACUCCGUCCUUGCCGGGUAGCCGGAGAAGGACGGCAGCGGCUUCUUCAGCUUGCAAGAAAGUGGAUUUUCAGAUGACGGUAGAUGAUCAGAAAGAGGACAAUGAUUUGGAUAAGAAAAAGAAGGCGAUUGAAAAAACGCCUGCUGUGCCUAAAAGCCUGAGAGUUGCGGGGGCCUCGACUCGUAAACGAACUGAGACUCGGAACAAUGGAGCUGCGGAGCAACGAGUUUACAGUACAAGAAGGUCCGUCAGAUUUUUGGAGAAGAACAUGGAGAGUUUGAGUUUAGGGGAAGACCGGGAAAUGGAGUCAAUUACUGUCCAUAUGUCGUUCGAUGAUAUGCCUAACAGUUCAGUUGGUGCAGGACCCGUGAAGGAGGAUACGGAAUUAGAAACUGAGUCAAAGAAAUCCGAUGAAUCAGAAAGCAAGUUAGAUAAAGACACGGGUGUGGAAAUUGAUGAUCAAGAGAAGAAUGAGAUGGAGUCUGAAGUCGAACUCUCAGAGGAGGAACAAGAAAUGGUUCUUGAUGAUCCGUUGAAAUCUUCUGAAGAAAAACCCGCUACUGCAAAUAAUGGUGAUGAUACUGGGACAGAAGCACCACAUGCUAAUUCGGAUGUGAAAUGCUUCUCUGAAGAUGAAGAAGCAAAUGAAGCUUCCAAAGAUGAUGUUUCUGUGGAGAUUUCUGCUGAGGAAAUCAACGAUUCUGACAAACUUUCUCAGCCCACUGAAGAUGGGGAUCUGACUGAAGUUGUUGACAACUCAAUCAUUGUAGAAGAAUCCGGUAUGGAAGUCGAAUCUAAACAAAAUGAGUCUACUUGUGAAUUGAAACAUAUAAUUGAAGAAGUUAUUAACGAAGAAGUCAAACUAAUGAAUGAUACUGCCGAAAAACUGUCUCUGCCCCAUGAAAAUGUGGAAGAAGAAGCCCAAGUUGAUGAUGAUGUCUUGAGCAGUGAUGAAGAAUCUGUUAUGGAAGUGAAAGAUGAUCAAACCCAAGUGGAAGCAGAAAAUGAGUCUACUUAUGAAUUGGAACAUAUAAUUGAAAAAGUUAAUGAAGAAGAAGUCAAACUAAUGAAGGAUACUGCCGAAGAACUCUCUCUCCCCCAUGAAAGUGUGGAAGAAAAAACCCAAGUUGAUGAUGGUGUCUUGAGCAGUGAUGAAGAAUCUGUUAUAGAAGUGAAAGAUGAUCAAGAUGAGUAUGAUUAUGAAUCAGAUCCCACAAUCGAAGAAGAAGCAUCGGAUGCUGAUAUUGAAGUAGACAAGAAGGAAACAGAAAUGGAGAAGGUUUCAGUUCAAGCUGAAGAAGAUGAUACAACAAUCAACACAUCCAUGGAGGAGUUCCCUGAGAAUGUUUCUGAAGAUUUGGUUGAUGUCAAGAUCCAAUGGCAAAUGGAAGAAGAAGCUCCUUCUAAAGACAUAGAUGUUGACGCUAUCGAUUCUCAACCCAAAAUCCCAAAUGACAAUGUUCAAUGUGAGGAAGCUUUGGUGGAAAUCAUUCCCACUUCCUCCAACAACAAUGGAGUUCAAUCAUUACCCUCUUUUGGAGCUGACCAAUUGGCACUGGCAACUCAAUUUCCUAGGCCAACAGUAGGAACCAAAUCUCCAGUAAGAGAACAAACCAUUAGACUGCUAAUGGACAACUCAGAUGCUGAGGAGGAAGAAGAUGGAAAAGAACAGGAAAAAGCAAAUUGCAUUGAGAAGCAAAUUGUGGAGACAAAUGAUAUGAGCUUAAGACAGCUGAAGAAGAUGUUCAAGGAAAAACUCCAACUUAGCAAACAGAAGAUGGACAAUAAUAGCAUCAACUCAAAAGUUGUUGGAGGUGGGGGGAAGGUGAGAACUGCUUUACAGCCAGUGCCAGAAAAUAUAAUGACCAUUAAUGAAUUGGAGAGGAGAUUUUAAAAGUCUUGAGAAGAGAGGAAAUUGUGGAUGGUUCAAACUGUGGUUUGCCUCAUGUUUUAUUUGAUCUUCAAUUUCUGGGUUUCUCAUUUAUUGUUUUCCAUGAUGAUUUUUUGAGAGGGUAAAAUGAGGUAAACAAUUAGUUUGUCUGAUUUUGUUCAUCAGUUUAAUAAUCAAAUUCUAUGCAGUUUGUGUUUUAACAACUGACUAGUUGGCAUCCAUCUUAGAAUUCUAUGGA